CGCUUACUCCGGGGAAUUGGCGUUUGUUUAUCUCAGCUUGGUGGGGACUAUAUAAGCAUCGAAGUUGGUGUAAAAAGUUACAGUUUGCACUGAAUGAGCAGCACAAAAUGAAGCUGACCCUACUGUUGAUCGUCUGCUUUUGCCUUUUUGGGCUGGCUCUGGGCAAUACAAUUGUGGCCACCAAGCCACCAUUUAUUCGCAGUCGCUACAGCUUGCGCUGGCGAAAGACAACCACCGUGGCUCCGGAGGCACCCACUGGAUCAGCAAUCCAUGUCGUCACCACCACUGAUCGUCCCAGUUUGGCCACCUCAACCGCCAAUGUGGACUACGAUUACUACGGCAAUGGUGAGGCCGAAAACGUCGUACCCAAGUAAAAAACAAUAUGUAACAAAAUUAAAAUGAAUGGUUGAAUUAAUCUAUUAAUAAAUCUGCGUUGUAAAAAUUCCUCUGAUUCACAAGAUCACUCCUGACACAUCUUCCUAGCUAAUACUUUGCCGGCAAUACCGCCAAAAUAAUGAUAAAGUAAAAAACAGGAACCUUGAUAAAUACCAUAAGGAACAUGUUAUUUGAAUUUAAAUAUAACGAUUUUUAUGACCGUUAUUUAAUAAAAGGCUUUUUCAAAACCA